AUGAACAGCUUGAAGUGGCCGAGCUUCCUCAAGUGCAGGGGGAAGGAGAAAGUGACGAUUUCAUCUCAGAAUUUCCAUGUUGAUGAAAAUGAUGAGAAUCAGGACCGUGGUAACUGGUCCAAAAAAUCGGAUUAUCUUCUAUCUAUGAUUGGAUAUGCAGUGGGAUUGGGAAAUGUGUGGAGAUUCCCAUAUCUGACCUACAACAAUGGUGGAGGUGCUUUCUUGAUACCUUAUACUAUUAUGCUAGCAUUGGCUGGUUUACCUUUGUUCUUCUUAGAGUGUUCGCUGGGACAGUUUGCCAGCUUAGGUCCAGUUUCAGUUUGGAGGAUUCUUCCGUUGUUUCAAGGUGUUGGAAUUACAAUGGUCUUGAUAUCCAUUUUUGUGACCAUUUAUUAUAAUGUCAUAAUUGCCUAUAGUCUUUACUACAUGUUUGCUUCUUUUCAAAACCGAUUACCAUGGGCAAAUUGUUCUUCUUGGUCAGAUGAAAACUGUAGCAGAUCACCUAUAGUAACUCGCUGUAAUGUGACCGUAAAACCGGGUGAGAUCAUCCAAAUGAAUAAAAGCUGGGUAGACACCAACAAUUUUACCUGCAUCAAUGGCAGUCAAGUUUAUGAGCCAGGGCAGCUUCCCAGCGAACAGUAUUGGAAUAAAGUGGCGCUACAACGGUCAAGUGGAAUGGAUGAGACUGGAGUAGUUGUGUGGUAUUUAGCACUUUGUCUUCUUCUGGCUUGGCUCAUAGUUGGAGCAGCACUAUUUAAAGGGAUCAAGUCUUCUGGCAAGGUGGUCUAUUUUACAGCUCUUUUUCCCUAUGUUGUUCUACUCAUCCUGUUAAUACGAGGGGCAACUCUGGAGGGUGCAUCAAAAGGCAUUUCAUACUACAUUGGAUCACAGUCAAAUUUUACAAAACUUAAAGAAGCUGAGGUUUGGAAAGAUGCUGCCACUCAAAUAUUUUACUCUCUUUCUGUGGCUUGGGGUGGCUUAGUUGCUCUAUCAUCUUACAAUAAGUUCAAUAACAACUGCUUCUCUGAUGCUAUUGUAAUUUGUUUGACAAACUGCCUCACCAGUGUGUUUGCUGGAUUUGCUAUUUUUUCUAUACUGGGACACAUGGCUCAUAUAUCUGGAAAGGAAGUCUCUCAAGUUGUAAAAGAAGGUUUUGAUUUGGCAUUCGUUGCCUAUCCAGAAGCUCUAGCCCAACUCCCAGGUGGACCUUUUUGGUCCGUAUUAUUUUUCUUCAUGCUUUUGACUUUGGGUCUUGACUCUCAGUUUGCUUCUAUUGAAACGAUUACAACGACAAUUCAAGAUUUAUUUCCAAAACUGAUGAAGAAAAUGAGGGUUCCCAUCACUUUGGGUUGCUGCUUGGUUUUGUUUCUCCUUGGUCUUGUCUGUGUGACUCAGUAUCUGAAAUCUCUAAAAGAAACACGUGUGUCAACAGAGGAAAUAGUUUAUGUUAAUAAAUUCAAAAGUUGGUAUUAUUUAGAAGCUGAUGUGUACAAUGUGUAUGUAGCACAAGCUAUCUCCCUACUGGAAAGACAUGACAUACAGAUACCUUUGUUUUUUCACAUUUUACUUUUACAGGGAAUUUUUUUCUGGUCCGUGGUGACAUUUCACAGACCUACUUAUGGUACCAUCAAAUACCCUGACUGGGGCAUUGCUAUAGGCUGGUGUAUGAUUAUUUUCUGCAUUAUUUGGAUUCCAAUUAUGGCUACCAUAAAAAUAAUUCAGGCUAAAGGAAACAUCUUUCAACGCAUUGCAAGUUGCUGCAGACCAGCGUCUAAUUGGGGUCCGUACCUGGAACAACAUCGUGGGGAGAGAUAUAAAGGGAUGGUAGAUCCUACGAAAGAAACUGACCAUGAAAUACCUACUGUUAGUGGCAGUAGAAAACCAGAAUGA